UUAAAACUAAUUUUAUGUAAAUUUCCAGAAAUUUUUAAUCGUAGGGUUUUAGUUUAAACUUUAUCGUCUCAUUUAAUAAUUUAAAACCAGAAUUUGUUAAUUUGGAGACAUGCAGAGCAUUGAGAUUCCUGCACCUGCCACUGCUGGUUUGGCUCGGCCGGAAUUCUCUGCCUUCCACAACAUGUCCACCCAGGCCGACUUGGUUCAUUGCUACGACCCAACGAGUGAUGCUCUUGAGCGUUCCAGUGCAAUUCCCGUCGUGAAUGGGCGUGAUGAAAUACUGUAUAGUGACGCCAUUCCACAAAAUUUACGGCAGUUUCCGGAUGCUGCAGUCAUCGCAAGCUCUUCAGCGAGUGAUCUUUCAACCAUUGGUAUGUAUGACAACGAUGGUUGUUGGUAUCCAACUCCUGUUGCUGCUGCCAAGCUUAGUCAUUAUGUACCUGACAGCAGCUAUUCUCUCUGCAGUCCCUUGGCUGUAUUAGGGCCUCCUAUCACCUCCUGUGAAUACGUGCCAUGUAACCCGGCCCCUGCGCCCUGGACACCUAUACUUUCCAGUUACACUGCCUCUGCGCCCUGGACACCUACCGGUGUACUUCCCACUUACACUGCCCCUGCGCCCUGGACACCUGUACUCCCCAGUUACACUGCCCCUGCGCCCUGGACACCUAUGCUCUCCAGUUACACGAAAUUCGCGUCUUACUAUGGAACGAACGUCGCUGGCGUAAUGCCGAUGUUUCAGCCUCCCGUCCUCCCAUAUUGUCCAUCGAAUCCGGGGGUUCAUAGUCCUAUUUCGAGCUCGAACUCGAAGUGCUUCAUUGAGACCGAGCCGCUCAAACCUGCGGAGACGUCAGAGCUGGCGUUAGUGCCGUACACCGGGGAGCGAGAUAUGGCGCUUCCUAAAGAGUUGUCACCGCACCUGCACUCGAUUUACCACGCAACUUUCCGGAUUGAAAUGUUGUACGGACGCUUGAAGGGGGUUGGUGUGAGCAAUGGAAGGCCAACGCUCCUCACUCCAGAGGAGUCAUAUCGUUCACCGGGACUGGAGAAUGUGUGGGCGAAGCACUUCGAGAUACUUUUCCGCCUCUUGGAUGGUCGUUGGACUAUCGCUCCAACCUUCUCCAGGCCAUCUUCUGGCUGGCUGCUCUUCCGUGAUAUGGCUAAAGUUCGCUUCUCGUGCCAGAUAUGUAUGCGCGGCUGGACGAGCAUGUUCGGUGUUGUGCUCUUCUUCUACCGGUGGAACCCUGAACAGAAGUGUGGCUUCGUUCGUUUCUUACUCAUGGGGCAGAGUUGCAGCAAAUGCGCUAAACAGAACGUCUUCUUGACGCCAAUGUGGUACCCGGAGGAGGCACAAAGGGUCAUGACCAACUUUUUCUACAAGAUUUGCUCCAAAGUUUACGGUCAUACUGCUCCGCCGAUGAACCAAGAUCGGCGCCACGGCCGGCCGCGGCUGCAGCACAACUCAGGACAGUGUCAGGGAUGCGUCUUGGGCCUCUGCAAGCCACAGAAGAAGUUGUGCAUCACGGAUAAAUCCAAUGAGGAAAUGCCGGAAGCAGGGAGGGAAGGUCACACGGACUGCUCGGAGACUGAAGUACAACGUGACCCUUGCGUCCAAAAAGCCAUAGACGGGGUACAGAAAGCCCUCGCUGAGCGGGCCAGGAGCGCGGCAGACGUGAUGAAGCUAGGCGUUCCUGGAGCAAAGUGCAGAGUUGACGGCACCAAUCGUGCUCUCAAAAAGAAGCUUUAAGAAUACAAUCGGAGGAGACUUUUCGGCAGGUGAAGAAAUUUCGUAAGUUUUUCAGCAAGAAUUUCAAACUCUCAACCAUUACAUUGAGAGUUCCCACCGCCUUGAGUUGACUUUGUAGUUAGAAAAAAGGAAUCGUUAUGAUCGUGAUCAAUUGUCGACUGAUGAUCGGAAAUUUCUUUUGAAGUUGACCAAAUUUGUGGAGAGGAUGUCACUUCGUUUUAGCUGGUUGUAUGAAUGGAAUUAUUUUAUUAGUUGGUUAUGCUGCUGAUGUUUCAUAGAAUUAAUUACUUAAUUUUUAGCUUUAGACGAUUACAUGUUGUACUGAUGUGUUAUCCGUUGCCAACGAUGAUUUUGGAUCUGAAUUGAGACGGAAUCGUUAAACAUUUCUAGUUAACGCAGUUUUCCCGAUAGUGUUGAAGGCUGCCAGUUGUGUGACAGUAAUUGUCCUUUCAAUUCACAAGUCUUAGCAAAAGUUGCUCGCGUCAGUCUUAAUAUCUCCAAUAAGUUGGACGCGAGAUGAAGAACCUUACUCUUUCAUGAAUCGAUGCUAUUAUUUGGAUCUCGGUAUUCUGGUCGGAGGUUUUCCUCUCUAGUCGCCAUAAUAGGCAAUGAGCGUAGGUUCUAGCACUUGCACGCGCCUGCAUGGAGUUAGGACAAACUUGACCAAGACUUGCUAAUUUCCCGCUGUGAAUCCGCGAUCCAAAGAAAUCCGUCGGGUCCUGCUGCAUCGCCAGGAAAGUUCUUCCUGUGAUGCAUUUGCUAAGAUAACCUCGCUUUUUACGUGCUUAGAACAUGUCUGUUCGGUAAAAUUUUAUUUUAAAACGUUCCGUAAUUUCGUCAUGUUGUCAAAGGCUUCAUUUGUAUGCCUUAACAGGUACUGUUCAUGAGAAUUUAUAUUUCUAGUAUUAAUUUUAAUCGUAUAAUUUUAGAAUAGAAUUCGUUGAAUAAUUUAAGUACUUCUGUGAAGGCCACCAAUUGCCUAUCUGAAUUUGGGAAGUGUGAAAGGUUUACCGAGAAAGUCGAACUGUUUGGUGGGGGCAGUGCCUGGCGGUUAAAAAUUGAGCAUUUCUCAAAGUGUGCAGUUGUGUACGGUUUGGCAGUUUCUUGCUAGUUUGUCUGAGUUAUACGUUCAACUCCGCUUGGCCAUUUUUGGUGCUACUAUUUUAAGAUUUCAUUAAAAUGUUCCUCAAGUUCAAA